AUGAACGGGAUUGCUCUGAGGGGACGGAAGACGCCACGGCCCCAAGGGCUGGUCUGUCAAUUCUGCCAGUUUUCCAAGCCACCAACGCCCCGUCGCGCACCAUUCGCACGGCAACAUGUCUCGGUCAGCCUGCUGCAUCGGAAUGGGCAUUGGGGGCAAUUGCGCUCGAAAAAUGGGCUGAAAAAACCGUCGAUCUCCUCACCAUUAGCGACUAGAAGGUUCGAGUCGAGCACGUUCCAACCAUCCUCUCCCUUGGACCCCGAGACAACCUUGCAGGAGGUAGCGCACGAAGCCUCGAUAAUCCACAAUACCGAUUCGGUCCCCUCCGAUGCGUCUGUCGUGCAACUACUUGAGAAAUGUCAGGCAAUCGCCGAAGCGCUUGUAUCUAGAGAACAAGAUCACCAGCAGGAGGCAUCUUCCGCACCCAAAGAAGAAGGAAAUGCGAUCUCGUCCCUGUUAGAUCUAGAAGAGAAGAACGCAAAGAAGCGUCCCGUACCAGCCGGAGAUACACCACAACUAGCCAAAUCCGUGUCGCGAAUUGCCAAUGAUAUCGUGAAGGAUGAGAAGGUAUUCAUUUCCCCCAGCGUGCUGGCAUGUUAUACCAAGGUUCAGACCCUCCUGAAGAAUGCCGAACAUUUCCCCGAAAUCUUCCACCUAUACGCCCACAAGCCGGUCCCAGAACAAAACACCUCACCGGUGAAAUACCACAAGGCGAAUCCCUCCAACAUCCACUCCGCCGUCCCCUCCGAACUAACCAACAUGGCCCUCGACGUCGCCAUCGAGCAAAGAAACCUCUCACUCGUCCUGGCCAUCAUCGACAACACAUUCUGCACCAAGGCAUUUCACCGUUCCAAGGUGUUCCGCAAAGCUAGUGCUCCGCUACUGGGUAUGGCUACUGCUCCGGUAGCCUGCUACAGUAUUGCAUCUUGGGCCUCGAGCCUGCAGAACACGAUGGAUCCUAGUACGGCAACGGGUAUUGCUUUCGCGGCUGGUCUUGCAUACGUCGGGGGUGUGUCGUCGAUUGGUGUGCUAGCUAUUACGACGGCUAAUGAUCAGAUGGAGCGGGUGACAUGGCUGCCUGGUGUUCCCUUGCGGCAUCGUUGGCUUCGGGAAGAGGAGCGUGCUGCGAUGGAUAAGGUUGCGCUUGCUUGGGGGUUUAAGAGCAUCGAUUAUAGAGGCGAGGAAGAGGGUGAGGAGUGGGAGGCUUUGCGGGAGUUUAUUGGUAUGAGGGGGAUGAUUUUGGAUAGGACGGACUUGAUGCCUGGGAUGCAGUAG